GUGGAGAGACCAGAUAUAGUGAAUGCAGGGUCCGGGGAGAGUUGAUAUAGUGAAUGCAGGGUCCGGGGAGACCAGAUAUAGUGAAUGCGGGGUCCGGGGAGACCAGAUAUAGUAAAUGCAGGGUCCGGGGAGAGCGGAUAUAGUGAAUGCGGGGUCCGGGGAGAGCGGAUAUAGUGAAUGCACGGUCCGGGGAGAGCGGAUAUAGUGAAUGCAGGGUCCGGGGAGAGUUGAUAUAGUGAAUGCAGGGUCCGGGAGACCAGAUAUAGUGAAUGCAGGGGGUCCGGGGAGACCAGAUAUAGUAAAUGCGGGGUCCGGGAGAGCGGAUAUAGUGAAUGCGGGGUCCGGGGAGAGCGGAUAUAGUGAAUGCGGGGUCGCGGGGAGACUGGAUAUAGUGAAUGCGAGGUCCGGAGAGACCAGAUAUAGUGAAUGCAGGGUCGGGGAGAGUUGAUAUAGUGAAUGCAGGGUCUGGGGAGAGUUGAUACAGUGAAUGCAGGGUUCGGGGAGAGUUGAUAUAGUGAAUGCAGGGUCUGGGGAGAGUUGAUAUAGUGAAUGCAGGCUCCUGGGG